ACCUAUCACAAAUAUCAGUGACACACAAAACCAUGUUAACAUAUCGGGUAUUUACAGGAUAACAUUUAUCUUAAAUUUCUUUAAUUUGAAAAGAAAUCUUAUCCAUCAUUAUCGACCGAUAAUCUGUAUUCUUUGCAAACACGGAAGUUAGUUGUUCAAACUGAUUACGUAAUUAGAACUCUCAAUGAAGGUGAAAGAGGACUCAUGCGUCUGCGUUUAACCAGAUAUUCGUAUACUAUGUUGGUAGAAUUGUGUGUGUCAUCAAUUUUAUUUUGGAUUGUCGACUGUGGGAAUCAAGAACCAUGUGAGACAAACAACUUUAUAGAUAAUUGGAAAAGAUCAGUUGCGUAUGAACCUGAUAAUCCAAAUCUUUGCGACUCAUUCUUGUUGGAGGAUUGGUAUAGAGUAGUAAGUGGUGCAGGAGAAUUAAUGCCAACGGAAUGUCCGAUAGGAGGUUGGAGAUGUGGAACCACUAAUCCUAUCUGGUUAUCUAAAGAUGGCGUUCCAGACGGCGAAGACAUCUAUCCUGAUGUUGGUAAAACUGUAUCUAGAAUGGGAUAUUCAGUGUCAGAUAAUAAUUGCAUCUCAAAAAAGUAUCCAAUCGAAAUAAAGAAUUGUAGCCAGUACUACGUUUACUAUCUUAAACCAGUGCGAGGAUGCCUAUCUGCAUACUGUUUUGGUUCUGAACUGCCAUGCCCUUCGGGACUGUCUUCGGAAACUGGAUUUACCCCUGGCUGUGGAUCUUUUCCGAAUGAAACUGUUAGUCCAAAAAUUUCGGUAAAAAUGCACGAAGAAAUAGUUGAGAAUAAAGUGCAUUUAACCCCAAAAUUUGAGUGUACGGCUGAUGAUGCAACAGAAGAGUACAGAUAUGACGUAAAGUAUUACAUUAAUAACGUUCAGAUUGACGAUGCAACAACGCUCAACAUAUCAUAUGAAGAUCUUGGAAAAGCUGCUAUGUUACAAUCACACUGGAACGAUGUUUUCAAGCCUAACAUGUUUGUAAAAUGUUCCAUGCAAGUAAGAGUUGACGGAUUCACAUCACCGGGAAAUAGGACAUUUUCUGAUAUGUUCUUUGCAGGUAUCAAGGUUUCAAGUAAUGCCAGAGGUUUUGCAGUAAAAGAAGGGAAGGUUCUGAAAAUCCCACUUGAAUUAACUCUUCCUGUUGGAUGUAUCUAUCCUGUUAAUAGUCCCCGAGAACAGUUUAUUAGAAAACAUUCUUGUUUUGUUGAGUUGUACAAUGCUAUACCGAAAUACCAAAGAGGGAACUGUGACAACGAAGACUUGCAAUUCCUUACAGAACAAUGUGGUAUUAAAAUAAGCAAUAGUAACUGGGAUAAACAGCAUUUCAUCGAAAUAAGAGGACAGAUUGACAAUGUGAUAAAUGUGAGGAAUCGAUUAACAUUUCUUAGAUUGUGGAGUGAUCCAAAACAUGGUUCCAAUAUAAAACAUCUACGUAUAUGGCAAAGUGUCCAUCUACCAGACAUAAAGGUACUCAUAAUUGAUACCGAUCAGCUGACCCUUGGAAAAGCAUGCUACUCUCAUAAUGAUCCCCAUAUGCGGAACUUUGAAGGAGUAUACUGGGAACUGCAAAAUAAUUUUGUUGCACCCUCAUCCGGGGAGUAUAUUAUGUAUAAACACGACAGACUUCCUCAACAGAUCAAUGCAUUCUUUAGAAAGUGUAACUCUGGACUAAAAGCACUCUGUAAUUGUGGUGUAGCAAUUAGAAGCGCAGAUAGUUUAUUUGUUGCCAAUUUUUGUGAGACACUUUACAAGGGACAAAGAAGAGUUAAUCGAUACGUUGCAUCGUGGUUAUGUGAUGACCAAAAUUUGAUUGUAGAAGAAAAUGGAAACCAAUACAAGGUACAGCUUCCUAGUGGAACUCAAAUUCAAUUUUCCCAUGGAGCCGUAUAUGAUUUUUAUGGUGUGCAUAGUAUUCAAAUAACUCCGUCAAUGUUAGAUUUCAAACUCACAUCCGGAUUGUGUGGACGAUAUAACAAUAAUAACGCAGACGAUUUUAUCGACAGGACCAGACCCUUAGACGUGAUAAAUAUAGGUGUUCGAGAUGACAUUUGGAGAUUCGCAAAGUCAUGGAAGGUUGAUGGAACUGAUGAGUCAUUGUUUAGUCUUAAUGGGAAGCUUCCACCAUUAAAAUAUUUCCUGCAAGAAUAUUGUACUUGCAACACGCCACAAAAUGGAGGGGAUAAUCCACCUAUCUAUACAUGUCUAUCAAGUAGUGAAAUGAACACUUGUAGACAAACCCAGACUGAUCAAUCUGUUUAUCAUGCCUCAUGUUUAACGUCCAGCUAUCGUAGUAAACGAGAUGUUUCAGAUAUUGAAGAUAUAGAUGAGAAACCUCCAAUGUUUCCUAUGUAUAUAGAACCAGACGAAAAUCAUGUUGCUAGUGAGAUUGUCUUUGGAUGGAAGAAUGGAUUCACAGACGAAAUUGCAAGAAAUAAAUGCCAAGAAGCAUUCGCAAAAACUCUUGCGUAUUCCGCUUGCACAAAAUAUGUUCCUUCAGUAAAUGCAAAAGAUUAUGUUAAAGAGUGUAUUGAGGAUAUGAAGAUCAUUGGGGACGACAGAUUUCUAAAAGUAACACUUGAAAACUUUGCAUCUUCAUGCUUAGGAAACGCAAAGAAAAUGGAAAAUCUAACAGUUACAAACAGAACUGAAACCUCAAACAGAACUGAAUUUGCAAACGAUACCGAGGCUCUAGAAUCAGAUCUUAGGCCACCUUUAUUGAUGUCGAUAUUAGAAGAAAUAGAACAGGCCACGUGUCCUGAUAAUUGUUCAGGACAUGGUGUUUGUCAAAACGGAGUUUGUAGAUGCAACAUUGAUUUUUUUGGGGUUGACUGUUCUCUUGAAAAAACCAAGGCACCUCUGAUAGAAAAAUCAGCUUUCGAAAGCAUAUGUGAUAAUUCUGAAAGACCAUGUAAAAAGUUCAUUAUUCCAGGGCUCGACUUUUAUCCAAAAAAUCUCACCUGUAAAUUCAGGCCAUUUAAGUUCAUAGAAACUGAGACGCAUAUUGACUUUCAAGAGAGCGAAGAAUCAUUCAUACAUCGAGGAAUCUAUAAAAGUUUAUUUUUAAUGUUCUGUGAAAUUCCUGAAUCUCGAAGACGACGUUCAGCUGAUGUAAGCACAAUAGCAAAUGAUUAUUUCAUCAGUAUAUCAAAUGAUGGCCUGAAUUUUACUGAAGAACUGGUAGUAAUUUCUUUCGACACACGGUGCUACAAUUGUAAUGUUACAGACUUUUGGUGCGCCAAAGAGUAUCAACUUGACUGUCCUUUUCUGAAGAUCAAAGUUGAGGAGGUUGAAGAUAACACAGUUUACAUAGGAGUUGGUAUUGGAGUCGGAAUAGUAAUUGUCAUUCUCGCCGCACUUGGAAUCUUCAUUUACUGCAGAAAAGGAACUAAAGGAACCCAUAGAGGGUAUGAUUUCACACAGGAACGCAUACCUAUGACAGAGACACACGAGGACCAACAAUUACAAGAACAUGAAGAAGAAGAAAUCACAUUACUUCGAAAAUCACAAACAUCUUGACAUGAACUAUGUUACUAUUGAAAUAGAAGGCGUUCCUUAUUGUCAUUGAUAGCGAAAUAAAUAAAAAGACAGAUUAAGAUAAAUCAAGGGGACGAACUGUUGUUAAAAGCCUAGGAUUACGCUUUGCUGUACAUAGCGCAUAUACAUUGAUACAGUUGCCAGGAUCCAGCAUACACAUUUUUUUUAAAUCAAUGUAUUUCUAAUUGUUUUUCAAAUUAAGUUUUGUGCAUGUAGUUUACAGAUUUUGUUAUAAGCAACCCAUAACUGUAUUGUAGUUGUCUGUACUGCCUAAGUCAAGUAUGUUAUUGUUAUCAACUUGAUUGAUUGUACACUAUUAAUCAUUUUGAUUCAUAUACUUAACUCUCAGAAUAACAGCUGGAUGGUUUGAACAAGAUUUUUAGAUCCUGCAUUGUACAAAUACUUCAGUUUUCGUCACACGAUCAUUUGCUUGUAGUUGUUUAAGAGUGACGGUUUCUCAAUGUGCAUAUGUUUUAACACAUAUCGACAUAGUCGAUGCUUUUUGUUACUGUAUUUCCUAUUUGUUUUUCGUUUAUUGGUUUGACAUCAAUUAAAUCGUUGUGGAUUUUUUUUUUAGAUAAAAUGGUUUCACAGGAAUAUGACAGUUCUUGUCUAUUCGUUGUGUA